GUCGUGGAGUAUAUUUUGUUCUCUUCUUUCUUUUUAUUCACUGUCAGAAACUCAUCGGGGAAUACCACCACGCCUUUUUGUUUCUUCGCCUUCAAAAUCCAACCGCAGAUUCCAAAAAGUGUAAAAUGCCGGAGAUUCAGCUGGGAAUUCAUACUGUGAGAUCCCAUGGAGUUAAAGUGGCAAGGAUACACAUGCAUGACUGGCUGAUUCUUUUGCUUCUGAUCGUGAUUGUGGUUGUUUUAAAUGUUAUUGAGCCAUUUCAUCGUUUUGUUGGAGAGGAUAUGAUGACUGACCUGAAAUAUCCUUUAAAGGACAAUACUGUUCCGUUUUGGGCUGUAGGACUGAUUGCAAUUGUGCUUCCCAUGAUUGUCAUUUUUGUUUACUACUUCGUCAGAAAGGACGUCUACGACCUGCACCAUGCCAUAUUGGGGCUUCUAUUUUCUGUUCUUAUUACUGCUGUUAUAACUGAAGCUAUAAAAGAUGCUGUUGGACGGCCUCGUCCGGACUUCUUUUGGCGCUGUUUCCCUGAUGGCAAAGGGGUGUUUGAUCCGGUAACAAAGGAUGUUAUGUGUACUGGCAUAAAGAGUGUUAUUAAGGAAGGGCAUAAAAGUUUCCCAAGUGGGCAUACUUCUGGGUCCUUUGCAGGUCUUGGUUUUCUUGCAUGGUACUUGUCUGGAAAAAUCAGGGCAUUUGACCGUAGAGGUCAUGUUGCAAAGCUAUGUAUUAUUUUUUUGCCAUUACUUGUUGCAGCCUUGGUAGGAAUUUCUCGAGUGGAUGAUUACUGGCAUCACUGGCAAGAUGUUUUUGGUGGUGGUCUAAUAGGAUUGACAGUUGCUUCAUUUUGUUACUUGCAAUUCUUCCCACCGCCAUAUGACACAGACGGUUGGGGGCCGCAUGCAUAUUUUCAGAUGCUGGCAGAAUCUAGAAAUAGCAUCCAAUCAUCAACCACUGCCGACAAUCUUAAUGUGCAGCAGAUGGAGCUCGAGACUGUAUACGUUGAAUCUCACCACCAUAUGCAAAAUUCAAGAUUCAAUGCUCGCGAUACAAGCCCAAUUCUGAAUGGAUCAGAAAAUGAAAGGUGACGCUGAGAUUAGGCAUCGAGUUUAGAUGUAGAUCACACUCUUUAGUUGUCCAUAGGUCAGAGUCAUUUCUCUGUUUGAUAAUGUCCAUAGUUGAACUUCAUGUUUGAAUCGAUGCUUGAACCAUUCAUCUUUUAUAUCAGAUUCAUUUGAUUGAUUUUUAAGUCUCUUGUGUGUUCCGACUUCUUUUAUCUGGGCGUCGUUUAGCUCUGCUUUCGCCAUCUAUUGACUCUGAGUUCUAUCAUGGUUUCUUGGGGGCAGUAUGUUUUUUGAUAUUUCUAACAGUUAAUAGUGAUUCAACAACUUUAUGCGUA